UGCAAAGCUGCUGUCUGCUCAAGGUGUUUCUCAUCACACAGCACACGUGGUUCACAACGCCUAGGCAGUCUGCCAGCCUUCUGCCAGCCAAACUGAAUUACACAAGAAGCAAAGCAGAGCUAAAUUUAUGCAUUAAACACAAAACCAGAGAGAGAGGGGGCCGGCUCCCCUGGGUGAUCUGGCAGAAGUUACCGCCACCCCCUCCCCGUCACUGCCCCUGCAGCCCGGAGCCGUCCUGAACUGCACAUGCAAAUUAAAAACUGUUGGUUUGGAGCAGUGCAGACGCCCAGAAAACUAUUUGGCAGAGAUAUUUUAGAACUUGUGGCCUCUAGCUGGGUGUGUGACAUGCCGUCCAGUUUGGGCAGUUUUUAUUAGUAAAAACAGAGCCUGUGGCUCUCUGUUCAGCCACCCUGAGCUGCAGUGGAUACAGGAGACUGUCAAUAUCCUGCAAAAUAAAGGUAUUUGUUAAUAUCCCCUCUCUCCCUUUUCACCAGAGACCUACUGGACUCUGGUGUAACCCGGGUAAGAGCAACAUGCUGCAAGUAAGAGCAUCCUCAACCUCUCCCUUGGUGCUGGGUGUAAUUUUUAUUUUGCAGAAACCCCAUGGCUGUGCCAGGAUGUCACCACAAGCCAGAGUUGGAGCAGGCUGUGCUCCCUCUGGGUCUGGGGUGCGGGGUUUGCCUUGUCCCUGUGUGGUUCCAUACUCCCGCUCACUGUGGCUAUCAGCCUCCCAAUGUGCCAGCUGAAAACAAAUUGUUUUCAGCCCCGCAGGUGGCAUUUCAACCAAGGCAUCCCAGCAUUGAGGGGAGACCCUACUGGUCUUGAGAGAGCACACAGCAAAUAGCUGGAUAAAAACCCAAACUGAUAACACGAGCCCAUGAAGCCAAGAGUGCAACCCCAGCUCUGCGGGCUUAUUCACACAAAUAUUCCCUGACCGCUCACUUUUUACCACUUCUCCCUGGCAGUCUUGCUGCUGUUCUGAGGUUUCCUGCCCAAAAUAGUCGCUGCUGUAGCUAACCAGGCUGGUUAGAAGUUCCUGCAUAGGGACAGGACAAGACACUGACCUUCUGCAAAACAAGAUUGUGCAGCAAUACACUGAGAAACAUUGUUCAGGUGAAUUCAGUGGAAGGCAAACACACGGCCAGCUCUCAAAUUGAGCGGUGCUCUCCAGUUCACUGACAGAGCAGGAAAAGAUGGUCAGCAGGCGAUGCAGGAGCCUCUGUAGAGAGGCUGCGGUGAUAUUUUCAUUAAUAACCCUGCCGAUGGAAGAGACGGCAUCUGUGUAAAACACACAGGGCUGGGAGGGCUUGCCAGCGCUUAAGGGUGUGAGUUCAAAAGGGUGGGGGCCUUUCCGAAAAGAUGUGUGUCAGGUAGUGAUGUGUUUGCAGGAGACACAGGGUAUGUUGUUCCUCUCAGCCUGAUGCUGGGGCUGGAACGCCCUGCCUGCUUUGGGCUGACAGGUUAAGAAGGAUGUUGAUGAACUGGAGGAAGUUCAGAGGAGAAGCACAAAUAAUAAGAUGAGGUUCAGUAACCACGGCUUAUUAGGAAAUGUUAAAGAAGAUGGGUUUGUUUAGUCUGGAAAGCAGAAGACGUGAAAACAGUCUAUCAUCAGGCAAAGUUUAAUUAUAAAAUGGAUGGUAAUUGAUUGUACUGUAAAGUUGCUGCAUAAAGGCUGAGAACAGAAACACUUAAUUGGGUGUAGCGAAUGUUUGUGUUGGACAUCACUAAAAGCUCUCUAUCAGCUACAGCAGUAAUGCAGCACUAGCAAGGUCUCUCGGGGAGAGCUGGUGUCUCCUUCCUGGAAGAUUUAAGGUUAGACAAACAUCCAUCAGAGAUGAUUCCCUAGGACCCUGUGUCUGUGGGCUGAGAAAGGGAGAAUUAAUCCAGCCAUCCUCUCCCAUUGCCUGGGCAGACCCCUGAAAUAAUUGACUACAAAAGUAGGGGCCAGACCUUGGUGUCCCAAGGCAAGAAGCAGCACCAAUACUUUGACAAGGGUUGGCACUGAAUCCAGCCAUAGCCUGGAAUAAAUAUCCUGCUGUGCAUAAGUCCUGACAGAGGAGAAGCAAUAAGUCCAGCAGUUAAAAUGCAAAUGUUUUCUCAGCACACUCUGGAUUGAUGGGUGUACGCAGGGAUGUUCUUUGCCUGCAUCCGCCACCCUGCUGGGUUAGACCACCCCGCAGCCCUGUGAGUGUGACCGAGGAGAGGAUGUUGCUCUCUCUUUCCCACCUUAACCUUAUCUCACAUCUGGUUUACAUUACCUUAUUUUCCUUUUCUCUGCCAGUGCCUACCGGCACACCUGCCUGCUGCUGCUGCCUAGCAGGCCUUAUCAUCAGCCCACAGCCCUAUCUGAACUGGCAUCUCUUUUGGCUUCCCACAGGAAAUGAGCUGGGGGGGUAUAUGCACAGCACCAAAAUUUAAACACGUGGCCAUAUUAUAAACAAAGGGUGGAGGACUCUAGCAGGCAACCGAAAGCACUCAAACGAGGCUCUUGAUGCUACCAGCAAACUAAUACAACUCAUGCUUGUGGGGUUGCCUCUGCUCAUGAGCUCUUCAAGGAGACCCAGAUUGUCCUGGCUUUCCAGCCCCUAAGACCCACAACCUGGUCUGCAAGUGCUCAACUGUGUGUGACAGUGGUGAUGUCCCCUGCGUGUGACUAGUGAUGUUCCCUGCGUGUGACAGUGGUGAUGUCCCCUCCAUUCAGCAUCUUUUGCAACCCCACCACUGGCCAGUCAGCCCCAGCCUUUCCUGCCCAUGGGAUGCGGUGGGAAAGAGGAGUGGAGGAGGGUCCCUGCUUCUGAGCCAGGUACUUUCUCCUUCAUGUCUUCACAAAAAAACCUGUUGGUUUUCUCCACCUAAACCCUUAUUUCUAAGGAGAAGCGAUGUCUCACCACAGGCUCACCAAAACCACACCCCUCUAUGGCCAGCAGUAUCUUUUUGCCCUUCGCUUGCCGCAACAAGGCUGAAAUCAGCUUUGAUGUGAAUUUUAAAAAGAAGGAGACAGUGACAGGCUUGUCCUCCUCCCUCGUCUUUCCUCCUGGUGACCCCACAUGGGUUUACCAGGCUGGCUUGUCCCUGCAUGCCAGCCCUCGCCUGCCUGCAUAGCUGGCAAGGAGGUGUAAUCCAGCAAAGCUGUGUUUGGUGUUUCGUGUCAUUUUACAUCUGAUCUGAAACAAAAUCCAGAGCUUUUUUUUUUUUUUUCUUGUGAAGACUAGAAUAAAAUAAAAUAAAAAAUCAAGCCAUUAUUUAAAUAAUCAGUGGAUGGGAGCUCAGUGACACUGAUUUAUAGGGAUUUAGUUUCAACCUUAAAGCCUGGUGGGCUGCAAUCUUCUGAUUAAUUCUUCCACAAACAACAGGGGUAAAAAAUCUCCCAGUCUUGACCCUGCUCCCGCUAAAGAUGCCUUGCAGGGUGAACCUCUGGGGAUGGGCAGAGGCAGGAGAGGCUGGGGUUUGGCUGCUCACAGUUACGUGACACUGGAGCUUUUCCACCCAUCACCUGUCCCUUCUCCUCCCCAGGCAUCUCCUCCUGCCCAUCUCCCUCCAGGCUGCAUGACUGUGCCCUCACUAUCACUCCUUUCUCAGAAACAUGAACUCAGCACUGGAUGUAUUCUGUAAUCAAAUCAGACCCGAAUGAGGUUAAAGGAAAACCGAAAAGCUUUCUAAUAAUGAAUAAACCAACGGGGAUUAAGCGCCCUGGCCCAUCUAGAAAUGAUACGUGGGCAGACUGAAAAUGCAAACUAUUACAUUAGAAAACAGGAUCAGGAGGAGAGGAUUUAGCAGGCAGGAGCAAGCAGAGCGUGUGUCCAGCUCCGUGACAUUUCAGACCAAGGUGGAAGAAACCCCUGCUCUGGGUUUCAAUGGCCCCACUCCGGGAGAAUUUAAUCUGGUGGGUGGUGCCCAAUACCCUGCAGGUCUGUGUCUCUUAUCAUGUUCAGUCUUAUCCAAACUAAUUUUGGAAGGGAGGUUUCCAAGGAGGCUUUCCAUAAAAAUCCCAUGUUUUGAUGAUGAUGGCAAUGCUCACAUUAGCUUUCUCCUUAUUUCUUUCCUCUUUAGCCUUGACUACACUGGUCUCGCCCUCUUCAUUGUGAAACUCCCUUUACGCCUUUCACAGUUUCACUGAACAGCUUUGGGCAGACUUUAAUCCUGUCUGUCUGUCCUGAGGAGAAGCGGCCAGGACUCUGGGUGAACUUAGAGCACUACUCAAUUCCCUAAAGGCAUUUUUUACCCUUUCUGUGGUUUCUUAUCCCCCUGCCCAAUGCAGUCGACUCCUUGUGCUGCUUCUGGCUGCUGAGCCAGCAUUUCUUCCUCUGCACAUCGUUACUAUGGGGUCUUAUAUAUUUUUAUUCUCUCUCCUGAGUCACUAAGGCUGAUUUAAAACUCACUGUAGGAAAAUUUCAAGCGACGUUUUAUCAUGUGCACUGCUUUUCACUGCUUGCCAUUUCAUUUAACCCUCUGGCAGGCUCUUCAUUAGUGUACCUGCACCCGGUCCCCUCGCAGCUUAUCCAAACCUCAGACAGCUGAUAUUAUUUUCUAUUCCCUGAGAUUUUUUUCCACUUGACUGUUCACCCUUUUCCCCUUGCAUUGUUAAUAAAAGACUUUCAUCCUAAGAUGGACGCUCGGGGAUGUCCUAUUAUUGUAUUAUUUAUACUUUGAGAAUGAACUCUUGAUUUCAUUUUUUCUUCUCUGUCUCUUAACGAGCUUUUAAUACAUCGUGGAAGUUACACAAUCCCCCUUUGGCAAUUGAGUUUCUUUAAAAGCCUCUUUGACGGCCUUUAUCAAAAAGCACUCAGGAAAAUGUAUUAACUCUUCUCCAUUAUCCACUAUUCCGUUGACUUAACAUAAGAUGAAUGGAUUUUUUUUCCCAGUGUAUUAGAAGCACGCAGGCGGUUUUUAAUUAUUAUUUCAAUUUGCUUGCUACCUACAGAAGUAGUUACAAUUCCUAAAUGGAUCUUUGCAAACAUGCUCAGGUGAACUAUUUAUUUGCUGAAAAAUGCAGGGUUGGGGUUAAUUAAGACUAAUUGCAAAUUCAUCAAAAAGUAUGGGAAACAGUGCUGAAAAACCCUUUUUUUUUGACAUGUGAAAAAUGCAUUUCCUUCUGCAGCUUUUAAACGAAAUAUUCUAAUUUCUCCUUUUCGAACAAUAUGUCAAGAUUAAGUGGAAUUUUAACCUGCUUCUCCACAUUGUAUUAAUGGGUUUCUAGGGAAAAUUUCUUUUCAAUAGCAACCAGCUAAAACCAGAGAGGGAGAGAUAUCUUGUUGCAGCCCACUGUUCUUCCACAACAAAACCAAAUGAAUUAACAAACCAUUUGAUGCUGUCCUCCAUACCUUCCCCUCCUCCCCUUCAAGCAAUAAACAGGUUGUUUAUACCUCUCUACAGCUCAGGAUUUCAGGGAUGAAAACCAGGGGUUAUUCUUCAGGCUUCCAAGGAGCAACAGGGCAGUUCCUUCACUCCUCUGGGUGGAAAAAGCAUGAGUAGGGACAUGGUUGUUGUGAUGUCUCAGGCUUGGGACUCCCUUAGGAGUACCAUGGGGGACAUCCAAAGGCAAGAGGACUCCAUUGGUCUGCUCAGAUGUUUUUCUCAUCUCUUCCUCUGGCCCAUUGACCCCUGCACCCAUGGGACAUCUUUGAAAAACAUCUUCCCUUAAAAACUGGCUGCUUCCUGUCAGUGCAAGGGCAUCUUUAACUGAAAUAUUGCGAUGGGUUUGAGCUGGUAAAUGUUUUCCUGGAUUAAGGGGGAUGUCCGCUUACUCUCUACUUCCAAAAGGCAUGAAAUGCUUUGAAGGGGUGCAGCAGGGCACCUACCAGGGACAUUUCAAAAGAAGACCAUGUGUCAUGUGCCAUAAAACCUGCCUGGGUUCAUGGGGCGCAUUCAAGGGAAAUUCCCUGGAAAUAGUUUUCCAUGGGAUGGGACCACAACACUCUUUUUCUUUCCUUGCAUCCCUCCCAAAUGGGUGUGAGAGGUCACCAGAAAGUUGUCACGCGGAGCAGAGAGCCAGACCCACUCCUUCUCCUUUGUUUCUAGGUCCUGUUGUACGAGGCCAACUCUACAGGCAGCUGUCCAGGCACUGCAGCCUUCCAGGUAGCUCCUGGCUUAACCUGCCGGUUCCCCAGCCUUCAGAGACAGAGCACAGCCCAAAAAAACAGAUGUCUUCUUCUGAGCCCAUCCUGGACCUCAAGACAGACACAACAGAAGCUCUUCCAGCCCAUUGUGACCCAGAGGAGCCAAAUCAAAGCUAUGAGACAAGGCAGGACCCAGCCAGCCCCACCAGUGGGGACAACGUUGAAACCUCUGGCAGCUGCAGUGAGCCCAGGCCAGCUCCAGACACGGAUGAGACCCUGCCACGCAGAGACCCCCAGUCAGAGGCCAAGGAUCCCAGCCCCACCGACUCAUUGCCAUGGCCAGAAGCCCCUGAGGAGUGUCCAGCCCGCCCCAACACCCUGGACUUCUCCAAGUCCCUGAAGAAGCUGGAGGAGGUGAAGCAGGCAGGGCAGAGGAGAAACAGCGACCAAGCAGCAGUGAAGGAGAAUGGGGUGGAGGUCAGUCCUGCCACAGCAGUGAGCGAGGAGAGACGGGCGCUGGAGUCCGAGCUGGGGAAAUGCAUUGAGGAGUUCCGCAAGAUCAAGAUCCCUGUUGCCUUUCCCAACAAGAAGCGGCAGUGGCAGAGCGAUCUGCUGAAGAAAUACCAGCUGUGAGGGGACACCCCAUCCCCCAUCCGGGGGGAGGAUGUCCUCCAGUGCGUUGAGUGUCUCCACUAACGUCCUCGGGUAGCAGGUGGCAUACACUACCCAUGCUCCCAAAAUGAGGAGUGUAGGUUGCUCAUUAAACCCACCCAGCAGUCAAAAGGGUUACAAGUCUGUACCCACAACAGAGUGCUCCUUGCUGUGGGCAUCAGGAAGGAUGUAUGACGUCCUAAGUGGCAUAAUCACGGGUGGAGGGGCAUAGAAAAAGGAAGGAGGCCCAGAGUGAAUGUUCAGGGCCAGAGGUACCAUGCAGCAGAAGUUCCCACAUCCAUGAGAAUGAAUCUUCCUGGUGUUUCAAGUAAUAAAAUAUAGUUGGUGUUGAAAAUUAA